AUGAAUCCAGGGCACGGCGAAACAAGCUAUGCACGCAACUCCAGUUUUCAGAAUGCUGAGCAGAACAGGAUGAAGCCUCUGAUCACUAGCGCGGCCAUCACUGACUUAUGCAGCAACACAAAUACCUUGUUGCUUGGAAAGUUGAUGGUCGUGGAUGUGGGCUGCUCCUCUGGCAGAAAUGCAGUUGCACUGGUAUCAACUGCCAUCGACGCCAUCCAGAGCCACUGCCUUCAGAUAAACCAACCACCACCGGAAGUGUGUGUGCUACUAAACGACUUGCCUGACAACGACUUCAGCAUGGUGGUGAAGACCUUGGUCACGCUCCGUGAAAGCAAGAAGACUAUUGUUGUGACUAGUGUCGCACCGGGGUCAUUUUAUGAGCGACUGUUCACUAGUAACUCCUUGCAUCUUGUCUGCUCGUCCAACAGCUUGCAUUGGCUCUCAAAGGCUCCUGAAGAUCUAACAAGGAACCACAUCCCAGCAUUCGACAUUGAUGAACAUGCUAGGCGUGAAAGGCUCCCUAUGGUCCGUGAUGCCUAUGCACUACAAUUCAAGAAAGAUUUCUCACUUUUCUUGGAGCUGAGGGCCAAGGAAUUGGUCUCAGGAGGUCGAAUGGUUAUUUCCCUGGUAGGGACGCGUUCUAACGCAAUUGCCUCCAAAUUCAUUCUUUUCCUUGGAAUUGUAGCUCAGAUCCUGAGUGUCCUCGUCGCGGAGGGUGUGAUCGACAAAGCAAAGUUUUAUUCUUUCUAUAUGCCAUUGUAUGGACCUUCCAGCGAGGAGCUGAGGGAGAUCAGCAAGGCAGAAGGCUCUUUUUCGAUCAGGGAGAUGCGUGUGCACGACCCUAGAACGGAAAUGAGCACCACCCUGAGCACCUCAACCAGGUUUGUGAACAAUCUAAGAGCCUUAUUUGAGCCGAUAAUAGUCCAGCAUUUCGGAAAGGUUAUGGAUAAAUUUGCGAUGGCCGCGGAGCUGUACUGGAUCCUAGAUGGGAGCUUGCAAGAGGAGCGUGCCAGAACAUCUCGAGCUAUGUUGGCUGUAUCCCUCGUAAAGGCAUGA